AUGAGAAACCAAUCCGCGGUAUUUUCUUUUCAGACUCCUCUUACAUCUUUUGUCAAAUGUUAUCUUUUCGUCUUUAAAACACCUAUGCUUUGUCCACCAUGCUCUGUUAAGCCCUAUAUACCAGGGGUGCCACCGGACGUGAACGGUGAAGGGUACGGAAAGGGUGAUAUUUGGAAAUGGACAACAGGAGAAUUGUCGGAACGUCAUUUUCUCGGCUUUCUACCGGAAGAUUCCAACUUUACCACUGCAUCAGAUCAGAUACCGCAUGAAGCAUUGUCUAUACGUGCUAUGCCUCUCCUUCACAUAGCACAAGAAGCAUAUAACUCUGACGGUGGGGAAGCUAUUAUGGUGGCUAUAUUUAUUGUCACAUUGAAUGAGCCCUAUGAUCUUUCUUGGUUGACAAAGUUGGAGGAAACAUGGGAAAGUAGAGAAAACGACUUCAGGAUCCGUACCAGGAAGAUAUGUUUUGAUGUAGUUUUUAACAGCUACCUUGCUUGCAAAGAUGUAUUUCUUGCAGGUCUUGCUCGAACAAUCCUCCUUCAAUAG